GGCAUAGCAAGAAAAGUGUAUAAGCGUGUAAUUCUAACGAGAAAAAUUAAUUUUCUGCUAAAAGAAUUGUUUUAAAAAAGAUAAUAAUGUCUUAUGGUGGCCAACAAAAUCAGCCUUGGCAACGAAAAGGCGGUUUUUAUCAGGGCGGAAAUAAUCAAAGCGGAAUGUUUAUGCAGCAACAACAUGCUCCUUCUCAGUCGGCUUUUGGACAUUCGGCCAUUUUUUCGCAAGGUGGUGGCGGUGCACCCUCUGUAGCCUACCCACAGCAGCGGUCGACAUCUUUGAACCCAGUUGCUUUUCAGCAACCAAAUGCCGGUGGACAAACGAUGACCAAUUCUAUAGGCACCGUAACAAAAAUCAAUAAUGAAUGCGGACUUAUCAACGAUGAAGUCUUUUUCUACCGCAAUGCUUGUAAGGGAGCAAUUCCUAAAUUGGGCGAUCGCGUAAUGUUUGAAGCCUCCUAUUCUACAACAGGACAAUUUAAGUGGAAUGCAACGCUGAUACAACUAAUGGGUGGCAAUAUGUCGCACCAAGCUCAGCAAUUGCCAUCUUUAAUGGGUAGCGGAGGCGGCGGUAGAAGUGGAAGUGGUUAUAAUGCCGUACCGCCACCGAAUGAAUACCAACUGGCGCAGAUGCAGCUACAACGACAUGGCUCGCCGCGCCACUCGUCACCUAUGCGCGGUGAACGAAGAAAUGACAGAGAACGAGACCGCCGCGAACGUGAGCGCAAUAUUCGCUCCCGUGAUAGUGAUGAUCAGUUGGAAAGAGAUCGGAAGCGUCGUCGUGAAGAUAAUGAACGAAGUCGUGAACGCACCAUGUCCGGUAUGGGGCGAGGCCAUGAUAGGGACCGUGAACACGAGCGCGAAAGAGACCGUGCUCGUCCUGAAGGCAAGCCUGAUCACGCUUUGGAACGUAGAGAUCGUGAAAGGGAGGGUGAACGUGAAAAGGAGCGAGAAAAAGAAAGGGAACGUGAACGCGAACGUGAUAGAGAGCGUGGGGAUCGCGUUAAACGCAGUCCACAUCGUCCCCCAGCGAAGGGACGUCGUACUCGUGCUAUUCGACGCUAUAUGGUGCAAAUACCCAAAAAUAUAUUAGCCUACAAUUCAGCUGAUUUGCAAGAACUACGUCAACGUUACUCAACAUUGUACAUUCCAUCGGAUUUCUUUCAUGCCAACAUCUUGUGGCCUAAAGUUUUCACACCUGAAAAUGCUUUCUCACUACGCCGCCCAUGUCAGUUUCAUAUAAUGCAUCGCAUUGUGGAUUCGCCAUUCGAGCAAAACAACGAUGUACUAGAGCCAUCAGAUGCAGAUUAUUUAUAUUCUGCUAAGGUUAUGCUUAUGGCAUGCCCACCCAUAGCCGACCUUUAUCAAAAAUGCUUUGAAGACGACGAUAAUGACAACGAGCAGAACACGGUGCAUCCUUCGCGUCUAAUUAGUUUCCUCGUAGGUACUAGGGGACGAAAUGAGCCCAUGGCAAUUGGUGGUCCAUGGAGUCCCUCGCUUGACGGUGAAAAUCCCGAUAAGGAUCCGGCCGUAUUAAUACGCACAGCUAUACGCACUUGUAAAGCAUUAACUGGCAUCGAUCUGUCACAAUGCACACAAUGGUAUCGCUUUGUGGAGCUUCACUAUCAUCGUCAAGAUCACAAGAAGAAGGACGCACCACCGCGUAUCGAAACUGUUGUUAUAUAUUUGCCCGAUGUGCAUUCGUGCAUGCCGAACACCGCCCAAUGGCAAGAGCUCAAUCAAGUCUACAAGAACGCCGUGGAGAAUGUAAUCGCGCGUAGAAGUGUCGCUGCAAAGACAGCCACCAACAAUAAUGCCACUGCUGAUUUAGCUGAAGAAGCCUCGCCAAACGGUGAUGGUGACGAUGCUGCCGCUGAUGCUGCAAAUGCAGACGACACUGCAACGGAUGAUGCGGACAAGUCUAUGGAAGCUGCCGACAACACAGCAAAUAAUGAAAAUGACGCUGAAGCCACCACCGUCACAUCGAACGGAAACGACGAGGCUGCUGCUGCUGCUGCGGACACCACGGUGGAAGUUAUUACUAUAGAGGAGAAUGACCUACCGGAAGCUACACAUUAUUCCAAAUUGGACUUGAAGUCAAUGAAGGUGCAGGACAUACGCGAUGAGUUAGCCGCACGUAAUCUAUCAUCAAAAGGUGCUCGUAAUAUAGUUAUGGCACGUUUGGCCAAGGCUUUAAACACAGAAAAGUCCGAGGACAAGGCUGGAAAGAAAACAGCGCCGAAGUCUGAGCCCACCAAAGCCCAACCAACGCCCGUUAAAACGGUUGAGACUAGCGCUAAGAAAGCCGAAACCAAAACUGAAGUAAUCGAACAGAAAGAAGAGGAAAACGAUAAGCCAAAGGAUGAAGAUAAUGAAGAGCAAGAGGAGUGGAACGAUGUUAUUGAUGUGGAUAUGAGUGACAUAGUCAUACUGGAUGAAUAUGACUCGAGCAAGAACCCGGAGGAAACUCCCAAAGAAUUGAAUGAAAAGGAGAAAAAUCAGUUAAUUCGCCGUUAUAAAUUGCCGACUAAAGAACAUAUUAUUGUACAUCCCAAUAAAACCGUUAAAGGUGGUAAAUUCGAUUGCUCAAUGAUGUCUUUAUCAGUGUUGUUGGAUUAUGGCCCAGCAGAUACCAAAGAGCGCUUCUUUGAGGUGUCUAUUUUCGCUGAAUUGUUUAACGAAAUGUUAAUGCGCGACUUCGGUUUCAACAUCUACAAAGAGAUGUAUCUGCACAAAGAGGAAAACAAUGAGACCACAGAUGGCGGCAAAGACAAACACGAAGAGACCGCUAAUGGUGGCAAUAAAACGGACGAUGCUCAAACCAUGGAAGCAGACGAAGAGUCAAAGGUCUCUGCCGAUGCGAAAUCCAACAAGGAAGAAGGCGGUGGUAACGGUAAAUCCAUAUCCGAACGUAGAGCUUCGAAACGUAGUAUUGCCGCCGAUGACGCUGAGGGCGAACGCAAACACAAGUCGGCGGCCGUCAACGGCAAGGAACAAAAGGAGCGUGAACAUGUUUCGGACAAAAAAAUGAUUGUUGUGAAGCCACAGCUUUUGCUAUCUUUCAUCUACUUCGACACCACACAUUGCGGUUAUGUCUUUGAAAAAGAUUUGGAGGAUUUAUUCACAGUGUUGGGUUUGAAUUUGUCGCGUGGCCAAAUACGUCGUGUACUUGGAAAGCUUUCUAUACGUCAAGCAUUUUAUUACCGAAAACUAACCGACAAGGAGGAAUCCACCGAGGCGCCACCUAAAAUUGAGGAUGCUGAUGAUAUACCCAGUGAGGAGUUGCGGAAAAUUGCGCAAGGCAACUGUAUCUACAUACCGAGAGAGAAUGAGCUUAGCGGUGAGGAGAGCGCCAUCGCCUUCAAUAACGACACGAAUGAUAAUGAUGGUCUAGUCAACUAUAAUGGCAUUGUCAUACACGUUGGCAAGCUAUUGGAGCAAAUCAAGCGCACCGAGAAGAACUAUGGCGACUUGGAGAAGUUAUAUAACGAUCUCAGAAAGCAACAUACCGAUUUGCAGCGCGAUCAUUCCAAGUCAAGCACCAAAGUCAAAGACUUGCAGUCGGAAAUUAAAAGCUUAACACGUAAACUCUCCGAUGCAGAUCAAGACCUUUUCGCGCUGAAUCGUAAGUAUCGGGAUCAGCACAGCACACUUUCGCUCAUUUACAGCCGUGUAACACCGUACUUCAGUCGUGAGAAAGACAAGGAUCACAAGUCUGACAGCGCACGCGAUAAGGAUGCUGAUAAGGAUAAAGAUAAAGAGAAGGACAAAGCUAAAGAAAGUACCAAAUCCAGUAAAGAUAAGGAGAAGGAGAAGGAUAAAGAUAAGGAAAAAGAGAAGGAGAAGAAUAAAGAAAAAGAGAAAUCCAAGGAUUCUGGCAAAGAUGCUGAGAAGGCCAAUGAAGUCAAGGAUAAAAAUGAAGUUAACAAAGCUGAAACCGCAAAAGAAGAAAAAGGUACAACUGAACAGAAUGAGCAAGAGGAAGAGCAGGAACCAAUGGAAGACUAAAAAUGCAUUUAUCGUGGAGCAUUGGUAUAAUAGGUGUUUUUUGCGUGUUGUGGUUAUAUGUGAACUUAAAAAUAUUUAUAUAACAUUUACACACUUUGUCCCAUCUUCGCGAGAAUAACUUUAAACACCACCCGUUAUGCGAAUAUUCCUCUGGCUAAGGAUUAGAUGCAUAUACACAUUAAUAAAUAUUUAAUGAAUUUUCAAAAAUAUAUAUAUAUAUAAUAAAAUAAAAGGUUGCAAAGGUUUGCUAACGGAAAUAUUUCAA